AUGAGUAAAAAAGGAACUACUCAUAUAGAAAAGAAAGGAGAAGAACAAGAAGAGUCUUUUAUUAAAGUAUUAUUAACAAGCUAUUCUAAAGAAACUCCUUCUCGAUUAAAGAUGAUUGAUUGUUUCCUUAUUUAUCAAUUAAUAACAGCUGCACUUGUAUUAGUUUAUGGAUUUUUCUUCUGUCAUAAUCCAUUAAAUGCUUUUCUUGCUGCAUUAUUUUCAUGUGCAGGUAUGUUUGUCUUUACAAUGUCUCUAAGGCUUCAUGAAAGUGAAGAAGGUUCAUCUAAAAAAUACUUCGUUGAAUAUGUGUUUUGUGUGAUUCUUUUACAACUUUCUGUUGCCAAUUUCCUUGGGUAA